CAACCCAGCACGCACGUUGAUAAACAUUACAAUAGUAAAACCUGUGAUAUAGGUCAAUUAAAGAUAUUGAUAGAGUCAUGAAAAUGAACGUGGAUAAGAAGAAAAUCGGAAAUUUUAACACUAUAUGGAUUCGAUUUGACGCAACGAAUUCGGAUAGGCAUCAAUUAUUUAUCAAAGAGCAUUCGGUGAAAAAACAAGAGCCAGAAUAUCCAAGGGGGCAGACGCUUUUUGUAUUAAACAUACCACCUUAUGCGGACGUCGACUCCAUAAAAAAUGCAUUUACAGAAUCAUGUGGCCCGAUUAAAUCUGUAACUUUUGUUAAGAAUGCAAAUAAUGUAGACUUAGGAUUUAAGAAUGGAUAUAUAGUAUUUGCAAGAGAAUUGGGACUCCAAAAAGCCCUGUCUCUUAACGAAAGGCAUACAUUAACAUUAAAUACAAGCAGUACACCAAUAUUAACAGGAAUUGCAAAAUGGUGUAAGAAUUAUAAUGAGUCCAUAAUGGGUGAAAGUGAAAUUAAGAAAUUAAUUGACAAUUAUAUGAACGAGUAUGAUAAAAAGGUAGAAAAAGACCUGAGAGACGAGAAAAUGAUUCAAGAGACAGUGGAUAACGAUGGCUGGACUACUAUUACGGGCAAAAAGAAAAGAGGUCAAUAUGCACCGGCUCGAAAAGAAUCCACGAUACAAAAAGUCCAAUAUAAAGAGGAAGAAAAGAAGCACAAGAAGCAAUUAUUAAACUUUUAUACUUUCCAGAUUAGGGAGGCAAAGAAGCAAAAUUUGGCAGAAUUGCGCAAGAAAUUUGAACUUGAUAAGAAAAAAUUAGAGCAAAUAAAGACAGUACGAAAAUUUAAACCAUUUUAAAUGUUUAUAAAAAUAAG